UCGUAACCGUCAGCUGGGCCGUAGUAGGCCAAGCCCAUUUUACUCAUCUUCCAUUCCUCCUCGCAGCCGCCGCCGAAUAAACCCCAGCACGCCUCGCCGCCGCCGGCUCACCGGAGACCGCACCGCACCCAUGGCCUCCCGCCGUGCGCUUCACCUCCUCACGCCCUCCCGCGGCAUCUCCUCGACCCCGCACCUCGCCUCCCUCGGCUGGAUCGACAAGAUCAAGUCCACCUUCACCGGCAAGAAGCCCGACGAGACAUCCAGUGCAUCCUCCUUCACCCUCAUCCAGUUCGCGGACACGAUGGAGAAGGCGAGGAAGUUGGGGACGUUCAAGAACUUCGUGGCCGGGCGGUGCAGCGAGGCCACCGUCGUCAACUCCUUCGAGAAGCACUCCGCCGUGCUCCGCUACCUCGGCGCCAUCGACCCCACCGGCGAGAAACUCCAAAACAGUGACAAGAUUAACGCCACCAAGCACUGCAACUGCACAAUUGCAGAUGUGGAGCACAUACUGGCCAAGUACACAUGGGCUAAAGAGGCUCAGAACAAGAUUGAGAAGCUCAAGGAAGAAGGAAAGCCAUUGCCGAAGUCGUUUAAUGAGGUGCAAAAUCUAAUGGGUUCUACACCACUGGACGUUGGCAGAUCCAAUCUGGCAAAGAGUGGUCAGAUAAGUAGGAAUGCUCUCUGCCCAUGUGGUUCUAAGAAACGAUAUAAAAGGUGCUGUGGAGCUUCUUGAAAACAAAAACCAUGCUUUAAUUUUAUUGCACGUGCUGGCCGGAGGCAACAUUUUCCUUUGCUGUGAUCAAGAAAAGUUUUUUGCAAGUCUCAGGGCGAGCAGCUCGCCUUUUCUGAUACGAAACUUGUAAAGCACCAUAAGUGAGCUCUGUAUUACACUAGAAACCCUUGCUUAAAUGCAUGGCAUCGGUCGGAUUUGUUGUUUAGCAUUGAUUUGUUAAAGCGGAGAAAUAACGGAAACAUCCAGCUACCUUGUUUCAGAGACAAGCCUGACUAUGUUUCUGCUUUACCAUCUGUCAACAUUUUAUGCUCUAGGUAGCUUUAGGAGUUUUGGUGGAUGUAUCUGAAUAAAGUCACUGAAGGUUUCUCC